AUGACGCUUGGUGGCAGUCGGCCAAGUAGAAAUUCAGUGAUUACAGCUGCCACGGCACCAGAAGCAGCGGCACCCGACCAUCUGGCCAUGGCCAACAGUGAGGAAUCUCGGAGACCGUCUUUGUCAGUGUGUAUGGCACAAUUCAUCACUCAAGCUGGUCUCGGCAUGUCCAUUACUCCAGUCUAUAUCACCGGUGAUAGCUUUGGUGCCACCAAUCCUGCCAACCUAAGCUGGUUUGCAGCCGCCUACAGCCUAACGGUUGGCACCUUUAUUCUCGUUGCUGGCCGACUGGGCGAUGUCUUUGGUCAUCGAAACAUGUUUGUGAUGGGUCUUUGCUGGUUUAGUGUCUGGCUGUGUGGGUAUCUUGUCUAG